AUGUUCUCUUCCACCUUAUCUCGAGGCCUCCUGGCAGCGGCUCUAGCGGCUACAAGCACAGUGGCAUGUACCCUCCAGCAAGUGACGGGCUUUGGGUCGAAUCCCACGAAUGUCGGCAUGUACAUCUGUGUGCCUGCAAAGCUCGCCGCGAAUCCUGCCGUCAUUGUUGCAAUGCAUUACUGCUCCGGCACAGCGCAAGCGUACUAUUCCGGGACUCAGUACUCCAACCUAGCAGAACAAUACGGCUUCAUCGUCAUCUACCCCAAUGCGCCAACAUCUGGCGGCUGCUGGGAUGUCCACAGCACCGAGACUCUGACGCACAAUGCAGGUGGUGACUCCCUGGGUGUUGCUAACAUGGUUCGGUACACAAUCUCGAAGUACAACGUGGACACGAAAAAGGUGUUCAUGACUGGCACCUCAUCGGGAGCCAUGAUGACCAACGUCCUUGCGGGCGCCUAUCCAGAUCUCUUCGUUGCUGGCGCGGCAUUCUCGGGGGUCCCGUAUGGCUGCUUCGCUGGGGCUAGUGAAUGGAAUUCCCAGUGUGCUAAUGGGCAACUGAUUAAGACGGCGCAGGCUUGGGGAGACCAGGUCAGAGCAGGAUAUCCGGGAUAUACUGGAACUAGGCCAAGGCUGCAACUUUGGCAUGGAACUACUGAUACUACUCUCUAUUAUCAGAAUUUCGUCGAGGCAAAUAAACAAUGGUCGAAUGUCUUCGGUAUUUCUUUAACCAAGAAUAAUACCAAUACGCCAUUGCCCAACUAUACCCAGAUGAUCUAUGGCGAUGGAAAACAGUAUGUUGCAUAUAGCGCUGUCGGCGUUGGCCAUACGGUUCCCGUCCGAGAAAGCGAUGUGUUGGAUUGGUUUGGCAUUACUGGAAACCAAUUCCCUAGCGACGGUAGUGGAAGCACUCCAACAACCACGUUGCAAACAGUCACUACUACCUCCACGCCCAGUACCCCGACUGUCCCGUCGCCUGGAGGGAGCAUUGCCAAAUAUGGUCAAUGUGGAGGAACAGGCUGGCAAGGCUCAGGCACUUGCGAAGCCGGGUCCACUUGUAAAUAUUCAAACGAUUGGUACUCGCAGUGCUUGUAA